GGGAUUACCCGUAGUAAAUCAAGAAAGUGUUCUUCGGUCAAUGCGGUCAGAGCUGAUAUUAUCGAAAAUAGAUUGGCUAUGACUGGUCGUGAGAACACAAGCGGGUGGUUCUCCAAUCGAUUGAGGCGGCAUGAGCUCUUUUUGAGAUACCUAUCGGGACUGAAGAUUUUCUCUCAUCUAGGAUAUGCUCAAGAAGUAUCUCAGCCUCAAUUACUUUCUUCUCCGAGCGUGAGCCAUGAAGAAAGAUAAAAGGAGUCCAAUCGUCCAUGUUUUCGAAGUAUUCCUCCCCAUCAUCUCAAUCAGUCCUCCCUUCAUUCAUAUCGUCCUCACUUCGACAAUCAUAACACACUUCCAAUAUCAUCCAGUCAAGCAUUCAUCCGCCAUUCACAAGUCCAGCACUUCGAGCAUUACCGCAAUCCGAAAAUUGACAAGUUUUUAACUGAGAUCAGAAGAAGAGAAUCGCAUUCGAUAACCAUCAUCAUUCAUAACACUUCGGGUUCCAGUUUCUGGUAGUCAAAGAGCUCUUCCAUCAGUAACCAUACUCAACAAGUCUCAAUACCCGCUCUACCUUCACCAUGUUGUCUAUCGCAGUCCAACCUCCCGCUCGAGUUCGCCCAGGAGCAAUCUUGUAUCCUCCUCUUAUCGUUCAACUCAGUAGUGAACAUGAUUUGUAUGAACAUCUUGCCGGCUACUGGACCUGUGUUUCGCUCAUCCAUUACGCCAGCGGCCAAGUCAUAUAUGAACAAAUGGAAGGUAAAGCUGCCGAUUCCGCGCAUCCAAUUGCUCAAACCAGAUCUAGAGGUGUUCGCGAUCAGGCAUACUUCUUUUUCCCAGAUCUUGCAAUUCACGCCACUGGCCGCUAUCGCCUUCGAAUCAGUUUGAUGAGAAUGGAUUAUUCUCCCGAGUCAGGUCCAGAUGGUGCAGUUGUUUGCGAUGAACAGGUGGAUACACGGUCGAUUACCGUGGAAGAGUCCGGCCCAAACUAUACUCGACCGAGUAAGAAUUUCUCUGAUAUUUAUCUGGGGACAGAUUUGGCUAACAGCAGACGUAGAUUCCCAAGAACGUGCUUUCAUUCGAAUGUUACGGGAUGAUGGUCAAGAUGUUCCAACCCCAGCUCAUUGAAUGAGGUCGGAAACGCUGAAAAUGUCGGAGAGUCUCACAACAUGAGGUGGUAUCGAAGUGCGGGGUAAUGGGUGGGAAUUCGGUCUUCAUAUUUGAUGGGUUUUGGAAUUUUGAUUUUCGGGGGUUAUGACUUUUGGAUUUUCUAUAUGGCUAUAUGUUAUCAGUAUCAUUCCUUUUUAGAGGAGUCUAUACCUUAUGUACCUCUUGGUCUUUUGUUUGAAUAUAGACAAGAUUUGGUAUGGUGGAAGAAAAGAGGGGAGGUUAUUGUCUUUUGGAUCAGAUAUGAUUGGUUGUUCGUAACAUGGAUGGCGUUAAAAAGGAAAGGAAUUUUCAAUAUCAUUAUCAUGAACUUUUGGAUCGUUUUUAAAAAAGAGAUAAGUAUGAACUGACAUUACUUAAAAAGUAACAAUGAUUGAAUCAUGGCAUUUGCAGCAGAACAUGAUGUUUCGGGUUGAAGAAGUAAAACAUGAGAGAAGGUUACAAAAGUGGUUCUGGGUAGGGAGGGAUAAGAAGUAUUUGACAAGAUUCGGUUCCUCGUAUAGAAUGAUCAUGGAGAGUGAGAGAGAAGGUAAACGCCAAGCCUUUCAAGAUGAACUGCAGGGAACUGGAAGGACAAUUAGAUCUUGAUUAAGUCUAGUCUUUCUCCCUUUGUUCAAAAAUUGAAAUUCUCCUUGAUAUGCAGUGGGUGUCACCGUUACCAUUACCAUGAAAAGU